CGUCCUUUGAGCCUAAUGGAGGUGCAGGCGAAGACAGAAUGAUCUUACUCUGAGGGGAAAAAGGAAAGAUUACACGCCAUGGGACUCAUCAUCUCGAGAUUUAGGAAGAAACAGUCUACAAAGGAAGUUUUGGAGCAGAUACAGAAGGAUGUAUUGCAAAUUGAGGAGUAUGGUGCACACACACAGCAGCGGCAGAAGAGGCUAGUGGGUAGCCUGGUCCUCUACUCUGCCAUUUUCUACCUGAUUGCAGUUGCUGUUUUCUACUUCUACUACUUCCCUCCACAGCUGCAGGAACGACUUCUCUAUGCCACCCCCUUUAUUGUGUUCCCUUUCCUAAUAUACUUGCUGAAGAGGUUGCUGUCAUGGUACUACCGGCGGAAGAUCACAAAGAACGAGCUGAAGCUGAAGAGUCUUCGGGAGCGAAAGGAAAAGAUCCUGGAACAGGUGAUGGAAACAGAAACUUACAAGGUGGCUAAGGAGAUCCUUGAAACUUAUGCCCCAGACCAACUGCGGAAGAGCCAGGUGCUGAAGCCCCAGCCAGUGGUGCAAACUCCGACUCAGCGGAUGCCCUCUCCGAGCAGCCAGCAGUCAGAACUACGAAAAAGAACGGUGAAUUCUGGAACUCCUGCACCCUCUGGCCCUCCAGCAGGGUUAGUGCGGCCCGCAAUUGCACCAAGUGGGGUGCACCAGACACCAGGAUUCCCUCCCAGACCCCCACUCAUGGCAGUCACCAGGCCAGGUGUUGGUAGUACGAGCCCCCUCCGUGUGUCCCCCUCCCCCGCUCUUUCCCAUGGACCCCCCAGCCACAGCCACCCCAUGAGUGCCAACGUCCCCCCUAGCUAUAGCACACCUGCAUCAGUCCUGCACUCACAUCCUGCACGUCCAGAUCCCUCAAACACUGGAAACGGCCCCCCUGGCCCUCCCAUGCCGCGGCCAGUGCUGCCAAGGGAACGAGGCUACUUUGACCGCUUUGUGGAGUACCUUGUAGGAGAUGGCCCAGCCAACCGCUUUGCCCUUGUGUGCCGCCAGUGUGAGUCACAUAAUGGCAUGGCACUGAAAGAUGAAUUCCCAUAUUUGGCUUUCCGAUGUGCUUACUGCUAUUACUGGAAUCCUGCUCGAAAACAGCGUCCAAGUGCACCUCGACUGGAGGACCUGACACCACAGCCUCCACCAUCUCUCUCAGUACCAGAGGAUCAGGAAGAGGAGGAUGAGGAUGAUGAUGAAGAGGAAGAGGAUGAGGAGGAGCAAGAAGAGCAAGAGUCUUCAUCAGGGGAGGAGGAAGAGGAGGAGGAAGAGGAGGAUGAGGAUGAGGGUGGAAUGGAUGAGGAAGAGUCAGGAGGUAGUAGCUCUGAGGAUGAGGAGGGAGCUGCAUCAUCUUCUGAGCAGUCAAGCGCAAAACCCACAUCCAGCCAGGAAGCAGGUUCCUUGGAGGACGUAGCCAAGUCAACCCCAUCGUCCAUCACGUCCUCCGACCCCAGUACCUCCGAUGAUCACCUCCAGCAACCCAACUGCCAUGCCAACUCCUGCACCACUGCCUCUUCCACCACCACCACUACACCCUCUUCAAUCACAGAGAAUGAGGAGACAGAGUGAUGCUGCUGUUUUGCUCUGUUUACCCUGAGCUCUUAGAUCUGCUGACUGUGGUGUCCUUCUGUGCUGCUGCUGCUGCUGUUUAGACUUGCUUAUCUGUGGUAGCUCCAUGUGCUCUUUACCUCCCCUUCUACUUCUCAUGCUAGGUGGUAGCCAUCACUCCAGCCUGAUCAGUAUUUUCAUAGGACAUAAUCUUUCCUCGCUCUGAAAGUCACUGGAGUGAUGGAUGUAUAAACUAAUUACAUGACCUGGCCAUCUCUAUACGUCCUGCCUGAAUUAAAAAUCCUUCCCUGACCCUGCCAGCUCCUGCCUACUCCUGUCUGCCUAUCCCAAGUGAUGAUUGAUUAUUAACCCAUGCCAGUUACAAGACUAAUAAUUUUCUAUCCAUUAAUGAAGUGCUUUCUCAUGUUAUACAGCCUUCCUUUGUAGCUAUGUACCCAAAGAGUCCUCUACCAGCCGUCUGACCUUUUAUCCCUGGUAUUUUCAGGUUUUUACAACAUUAAUGGGGAAAUUAUUUUCCCCUUUACCAGUCCUUUUCAUGUGUCCAGUGAACUGAGUUGUGUGUUUGUCAAGCUGUAAUACUUUGUUGGUCUUUAGUCAAGCUCUGAUACUUUGUGAUUGAUGGGCAUAUGAACAUUUUGUCAUUGAAGGUUAAGGGCUUUAGGGUGAAAGUACAUGUAUGCAUUUCAAUGAGCAGUCAUUGCAGAGGAGAGAUCCAUGAGAGACCAAUUUCAUUGUUGGUUCUGGUGCUCUCUUUCUUAUUUGUGUGUGUGUGUGUGUGUGUGUGUGUGUACACUUGGAGGUGUGUGUGUUAGAGCCUGUUUUUAUGUAUGUUUGAAGUGGUGAUAAAAUAACAGGCUGACUUGGAAGUUUACUCAUAGCUCCCUCAGUUGUCCUGCAGUUUCAUAUGUUUGUUAGCCAAUGAGCCAGAUCUUAGGCUAAAUGCUUCUCCCUUUGCUCACAUGCAGGUGCUAUUAGUAUGUCUGUGGCUGGUUAUCAACACAUGUACCUCGUCUCACCUUGACACAACUGUCAGUAGUCAACCAGAUACUUGUCAGAUCUGCUUAAGUGUUUCCUCCAGCCUCUCCAUGUCCUUGUCUCUUUCUGCACAUAGGACAUAAGCAGAAGGAAUACGCUCAAAGCACUUCCAGUUUUCUUUUUGUAUUUGAGAGUUUUACUGAAAUGAUUUAAUUGUCUUCUUUUCCUACUCACUGUACUCUGCAAAGUUGGUCACACACCUAUCCGACAGUUUGUGCUGCUUCCAGUUAUAUAUGAUAAUGUGAAGUAGGAAUGAACCUUUGAACCAUGAUCAUCUAUCUGUGUUGGUAGAAGGUUUGUUGUGUUGAGCUCAGCUGGUUGCAUUACUGCUAGGCAUAUUGUGCAUCAGUGGAAACCAAGAGAAAUAGAUUAUCAUGGAAUUGUUUGUUAUUAGAAUGGAGGAAGGGAAUGAAUGCACUCUCCACCAAGAAAGAUAUUCAUUGAUUUAAGAGAAUGAAAAGAAAGACAACUUUAUAGUUUUCCUUUUGAUACUGGCAGGUUUUAAAGUUGGAAGAUAAUACAAAUUUUAGUCAAAAUUUUAUCCAGAUUCUGUGAUUUUUGUUUUGCUCUUAUGUACUGUGUUUUUCUCAUGUCUUACACACCAUGAAGCUGCAAGAAUAAUUGUAAGCUAUUGCAAAACCACAUCUUCAAUGACUAUAAUGUAUUGCAAAACCACAUCUAUUGCAACAACAAAAACACAACAACAGGGAAUGACAAACACAAUGGUAGGGGAGAAAAGCUAGUAAUGUCACAGCUGAAAUUGAUGCGCACACACUCAGUAAUAACAGAUCAGAAAAAAAGGUGCCAACUGUUGUAUUUUUUGUAACAUGAAAAAUAGGAUAACAGUCUUAGAUGAAACAGUAUAAAGAUGUGCCACUAAAUCUUACUUUAGUAUGCAGAUAAGUUCAGAUAAUGGUACAUACAGAGUUUAGAAAGAAAAAGAAGCUGUAAGAAAUCUCUUUGGGUUGCAAGUAGAUAACAUGUUGAUGAUCACUUGUGUAAGGAACUGGGCUCUUAUAUCUUGUUUUUAAAUAAAUAUUCUUUCAUAUUUAAGGUAUUAGGGAUAGGAGUGCAAACCUCAGUCAUGCUACAAGCAAGGGCUAAUUGUGAGGUACACAAUCACCCAUUGUUAAAAAAGAAAAAAAGAAAAUAAUUAAAAAAAGGUGUACAGUUUCCCUCUCACUAGAAACACAGGGCCAAGAGUAACUUAUUAUGCUGAUAUGGGGGUCUUUUAUUUUACUAUGUUGAAUAGUUGUUUGUAAAGUGUGGAUUAAGUGUCGAAGCACUCGUCAGUAGCACAAAUGUGGCAUUAGCUCUAGGUCAUGGCAGAUAUGAUAACAUCAGCAGCUUGGGGGACGACCUGAAGUGGCUGGUGGUCAGUGAAUGAAGAUUGCAGGAGCUUUGCUAAUAUGAUGGAGAAAGUGGUUGAUAGCUGUUGCUUUGUCUUGUAUUGUACUUCAGUAGCUAACUGGUGGAGAUGUUGAAUGAUUGCCAGGACCUACUCAUACUAUAAUUUGUUACUUUUCUACCUUUCUACCAUUAUGCUAGUGUCAUUUUGAAAAUGAUCACCACCACAAAGCUAAACACCUGAGGUGGAGGUCGUCUUGAACGGCACUUGGUUCAUUCAUUGUCCAUGAUAAGAUCAUGGAAACGGGAAAUAAGAAUAAGUAAUGUAUAAAGAGAAGUACAAGCCUAGUGGAACUUGCUGUGUUUUGGAUAUACAUUUUUUAAAAUAAAGUAAUACAAAAAUAGGUGUAAAAUAACUGGUGCAUACAAGGGCUACUGAAAUGAUAAUAAAGCCCAUACUAACAUUACUUAACAUAUCUUAAUGUUCCUUUUAACAGAAAGCUAAUACAAGUCAUAUUUUCUGUUAAUGUUUUGAAGAGUGUUUGGUGUUAUUGCUCAGAUGGCUUUGACAAGUAUUAGUUCUCAGGUGAAAGAGUUUGUAUCACCUUGGCAAAGAUACUCCCUCUAUCAUCUCACAUGUGGAUGCAGAUCAAAUUUGCAUCUUCGAUUUUGCAAACUGAAUCAUGCAUUUUGCAUGUUGUGUGUGGACUUUCUGGGUUAGAGCCAAUACUAAUGCUGUACAACUUUCUUAGAUGGUUUUGAUAUAUAUAAAUCUAAAAAAAAAAUCAUAAUUGUAGCACUUCAUUAUUGUUUCCAAAUUUAUAGAAAAAAUAUAAAUAAAAAAAAAAAAGUUUAAAUUUAGAUGAAAUGUUAUCCCUUCUUUGUGUGUUAUAGGAGGUAUAUGGUAAUUAUCAUGCUAAAAUAGAGGAAAUGAGCUUAAUCUCGCAAUAUGGACUAUGAGAGUCCAUUUGUUCUACCAGUAUUAUAAAUGGGUUUCUUAUAUUCAGAAUUGCUACAAUCUGCAGUACCUAAACAUCAUGAUGCUUGAAAUUUGAAAAUAGAAGAGUAUAUUUUCUGAUCUUUUUGGACCUCAUACUUUGAUACUUUGAAUAUUUCUCCCAGGGUUUUAUCAGACAUCUCAAAGCUUGACCUAAAAUGGGGUUUUGUGCUAAAAGCAUUCUGUGCAAUAGACAAAAGUGAAGCCAUUGUUAUCUAAUAAGAAAUCCAUGGUCACUGGUGCAUACUUCAACUUGCAAUAUUUACCAUUUGGUAGAGCUAACAUGAUGUACAAAUGAUCUUGUUUUCUAGUACUUUGUAUCUACAAAAAUGGCUACACUUUUUUACAAAAAGAUACGUUGAAAUAUUGAUAAUGUAUUUAAUUUUGCUUUAAAGAUUUAGAUGUGUAGAAAUGUAUUUGUUCUAUAACUUUUAUUCUCCAGAAAUGUUCAAGACGGUCUUUGCCAGGUACUGGGAAAAGACUCACAAGAUGGAAGUGAAUGGUUUUAGAAAUACAGCAGUUGCCUGGCACUGAGCUUGUCUCCUAAAGUAAAGGUCCUAAUACAGUUCAGCUGUUUGUGUAAAGCUUGUAAGAGAGUGUACAGGGUGGAGGAAUGUUCAAUACUUCCCCAAAAAAAAGUCGGCUUUGAAGUUUGUAUAUUUCUUGUCACUUUGAGGAAAAUAAAUAUAGUUAAAGUUCAGUUUAGAAAUUUCUCUUCAUAUAUACUGCAAGGUAGAUCAUGUAUUAUUUCCAGUUCAUUCCUCACCUGCUGAUGUUAUCUGGAAUGUUAAAGAGUGCCUUAAUUGUGAUUUAGUGUGCAUAGAGGUGAGUGUCUGUAAUACAGUGUAGUGAUGCAAGAAAAGAGGCACAUACACGGGUUGGGCUUGCAUUUAGCACAAAGGAAAGGUUUUGAAUUGUUUUCAUUUGAAGUUAUUACUUGGAUUAAGAGAACAAUCUAGAUAGUACUGUAGCAAUCAAAUGGAUUUUUGAAUAUUCAACAAAUGCUAAGCCUGGAAAUUUCUCCAAACCCAUGUCAAUUAGUCAUUUCUUGAAAUAGCUUUCUUUUGAAGUUACAAAACAGUUCAGGAUUUACAUAGAGAUAUAUAAAACUUGUAGAUUAUUUUGUUAUAGUUGUAUUACUUCCUUAGAACAUUUAUAUUUGUAGUUUUAUAUAUUUUUUGCACCUGUUUAGUUUAUUGUUUAAAGGAGUGGUUUAAGGAUUAUACAUGAAAGUAUGCUAUUAAAAAUAUCUUAAAUCUCUAUGUAGGUUAGAAAGACCAUAAUUGGUCUGAGCUGAACACUGCUUCUCUCAGUAAACUGGUGAUAUUUGU